UUUAUUAAAGUGGCGAUUGCUCGUCUUUGCUCGCCACUACAGCCACAGAAAGCAGGCUCGGGCCAAUACCCCUGUCAUUUUUCUAUUCUGUUCUAUUCUACAAUUCUUUCAUUCAUAUCACUAGGGUGGAUUACUUCUUUUAGUACUCUUUCCACUUUCUUAUUUUCCCUUUCUAUCUCCCCCUUUCUUAUCUCGCCCUCUUUCCCUACUUUAUUUCGGAUGUCGGAUGGAUGGUGCUAUUUUUCUCGGGCUAUUACUUUAUCUCAUUUUAUUUGCUUUUUCUUUCAGUGGGAUGAGUCUUUCUUGGGUUCUGACUUGUACUUUGCGCUUUGAGCUGAGAGCUUUGAACGGGAAUCUAGGUCGGUGGAGUGCACGUCAGGGUCGUUAUGGUCGUUAUGGUCGUUAUGGUCGUUACUUUGGGGAUCUUAGGGAAUGGAUUACGGACGGGUGUAAAUCAAGGUUGAUGGGCAGAUGGACAGAUGGACAGAAGGGCGGGGAGCACUGGGAGAUUUGGAGAAUCAUUCUUUAUCUUUACACAAUACACUCACUCCUUUUGCUUGACUUAUUACUCGUACCCUCGUACAUUUAUCGUCUUAUGGUCCGUCCUUUGAUCGAUGUUCUAUAUGGUGAUGUCUUUGUUACAAAGCACCUUCAGUGUGAAGUGAGUGAGAAUUGAAAUAAGUUUUUUACUGCUUCUUUUGCUUCUCUUGCUUGCUUCUCUGGAUCAUCUAUGGGCUAAAACAUGUAUUCUGAUGAUGAUGAUGAUGAUGAUGAUGAUGAUGAUGAUGAUGAUGACGACGACGUGAUUAAUUAUCGAAUUUCAAUUAUCGAAUUUCAGUGUCCUGCAAAUAAAGGAACUUGUUAUACCUUCCGCUUGACUAGGCCCUUGAAGAA